AUGAACCGGCUCCGGAACAGGAGGCGUCCGGAGCCACUCCGGGGCCCCCCGCAGUGGGUCCCCACUCUGGGCGAGCUGCAGAAGACCCUCCAGCAGGGGGAGCACUUGCCCCUCCGCCCGCUGCCCAUGUUCGAGAGUAACUUCAUCCAGGUGACCAAUCGAGGGGCCCCGGUGUACGUGCACCACAGGACCAACCGAGUGACGAUGGGCGUGGCCGCCUCCCUGCCAGGCUUGGUGCUGCCGGACAUGCUGCUGAUGGCCCAGCCCCCCGAGGACAGGGAGUGCUCCAACCUCGUCCUCACCAGGAUGAUCCCGCUGGACCUGGCCCACCUCUACGUCCACGACCUGUCCGCCUGGCGCCUGAAGCUGCGCCUGGUCACAGGCCGCUACUACUACCUGGAGCUGGACGCCCCCGACAGCGAGGUCGGCUUCCUGUUCGACCGCUGGAUACGCCUGAUCAGCCGGCUCCAGCAGCCCGCCACUUCCUGGGCCCCUAGGACCCUGCACACGCCCCCCACGGGCCUCUCCCACCUAGGGCCUCCUGCCUCCACCUGGCGCCUCCAGGUCCCGUCCCACCACAGACAUUCAGUCACGACUGCCGAGCCCACCUUUCCUUACAAGAUUCUGACAGCUCAGAGACAGAAGGCCAAGACCCUCAAGCGAAAAUUCAAGUCUCAGGCCGUGGGCGACUCUCUGCCUCUCGUGUGGUCCCAGCUGGAGCACGUGGACGCCAGGAAGAAAUCCACAGAAAAGAAGUGCCCCAACCCAAUCUCCCCUCUGGCAGACCGAAGACUGAAAUCCAAGUUUCUGGGUUGCUCUGACUCUGUGGGCGGCACGUGCCUGGCAGGCUUACUGGAGACCCCUUUACACUGUAUCUCGGAGCACAGCCCUGAAACGCCCCUUCUGGGCACAUGUGACCACCUGGAUAUGUGCGCGUGGCAGCAGCACGUGGACAACCUGAUGGACCCUGAGACCAGCACCAUGUCCAGCUGCUCCAUCUGCCCGGCCGCCUACACUCCCAACUUCCCCAGUUUCAACGAGAAGGCCAGGCCUCUGCCACCCACCUGGAAGCCCCUAGCUGUGCCCACUGCCCGUCAUAAGGCUCCAUUCAUCCUUGACCAGUCCAAGAGGGUCUCAGCCAUGCCUGCUCCACUGCAGAUGUCCGCUGCACCCGGCCCCUCCCAGAAGGCCACAGCUUAUUCUCCUGCUCCCAAAAAGGCCCCAUUUCAGAAGCCCCCUCAUGUACCAACCAUUCCCCAAAAGGCCUCAGCUGUGCCUGGCCCAUCUCAGAAACCCCGUCAUGCACCAGCCACCCCCCAGAAGGCCCCAGUCAUGGUUGCGCCAUCUCAGAGGGCCCCAGGAACACUUGGUGUUUCCCCAAAGGCUGUUUCCCACCCUGCUCCCAACAGGAAAUCUGUGUUCCUACCUGCCCCUUCCCAGAAGGGUCUGACCUCACCCACCCAACACCGCAUGACACUGGGCCCUGACAGCGUCAGCGUGGUGCCCUCCAGAAGCCACGGAGGGGAUAUGCUUGAGAAGAGGAAGCCUGAAGAGAAGCCAGAGCCGGUGAAGUUAAUGGGCACCAAGGAGAAGAACGUGGUAGACACGAGAACUCAGAAAACAACCGUGGAGGUGCCUUUCACCACCACCGAGAAGAAGUCAGAGGAAGUCCUGAUCCGCAGGGCCCAGGAGAUCACUGUGAACGGCUUGAAGGGCAAGGGAAAGCUGGAGGACAGGGUCCAUACGAUGAAGGAGGAGAUUGCUCUGGACAUGCCAGGCUUCAAAUCCAAGGAGGUGGGGCAGCAGAAGAAGUGGGUCAAGACCAAGAAACUGGCCAUCCAAGAAGCCCCCCAGGAGCAGACCAGGCCCUUCUCCGUGGAAGGGCUCACCCUUGCCAAGCUGAUGAUCAUCGCCGGCUCCAAGGACCCCACCUUGAGGUCAGGUCUGGUCGACCUGCCCUCCUGGCUCUCAACUUCGCAGGGGUGUGACUUGUCCACGAUGGGCAGAGUACUCCUCAGCCCCACCCAUUUGUCCAUGCUGGAGGAGACGCUGGUGGGGGUCAGGGAGCAGCCGCAGUUGGGGGUCAGGGUGGAGGAGAUGCCCCAGGACUCAAAGGGACCUUCCAACGUGUCCUCUCGCCCCAGGCGUGCGCCCAGCAGCCCCAAGAUGAAUGUUGCCUCUCAGACUCCCAUCCCUCUGCCCUCCACGAGAUGGGAGGACAUACCCGAGUCGCCCACCUCGCUGACCCCCAUCUCAAAGAUGGAGGCCAGGGUCUCCCAGCAGCCCAGGAGAGUGUCUCAAGAGCCUGAGAGGGGGCCAGACCAGGGCCCUGUGGCCACAGUGGGGUCGAACCUGGAGAUCCUCCUGCCCACCCUCUUGGAAAUCGAGAGUAUGGAGGAUGAGGCCUCCAAGGUGGAGAAGAUAAAGGACGAGCUGGGCGCCUUUGCUCCUUCGCCCAGCAGGCCGCACUCGCAGCAGUCUCAAUAGUGGGAUGCGAGGGACUCAACUUCAGUCGCCAGUGUCCAGAGGAGCCUACCGGGGCCAGGCCCCCAGGUGCUGUGCACCUCUACUGUAAGAAGCAGGGUGCUGAAAAGGCCGGGCGGGGGCGGGGUGCUUCUUGCCGGGUAGAGACCAGAGCUAUCUAUACGUUUAUAUAGGGGACGGGACGGGGCGGGAGCCGAGGCCCGGGAGAGCCCGCGUGGUGCCCCAGCUUCGCAGA